GAGCCAGACAGGUGCGAAGCCCGACGCUACGGGGGCCAAUCCGCGGCAGGUCCGGGCCGGGACUCUCGGCCAAUGAAAAGGCUGGCUGGGAGCGUCGAGUGACGUGCGCCCCAGCCAAUCGCAAGUGCGGGCCUCGGGCUCUUCCUGGCGGCGCACCUAUCAGAGCGCGCGCUCCGCAGCGGCUUGGCCAAUCCGGAGGAGAAUCGAGUGGCCGCUGCCCUCCCGAAGAGUUGGGAAUGUCCUACAAACCCAUCGCUCCAGCGCCGAGCAGCACGACCGGCUCCAGCACGCCGGGGCCCGGCACCCCCAUCCCUUCAGCCACAAGUGUCCCCUCCCCUUCAGGCUCAGUUCCAGGAGCCGCUGCCCCCUUCCGACCCCUCUUCAAUGACUUCGGGCCACCUUCCAUGGGCUAUGUGCAGGCUAUGAAGCCCCCUGGCUCCCAGGGCUCCCAGAGCACCUAUACAGACCUGCUCUCCGUCAUCGAAGAGAUGGGCAAGGAGAUCCGGCCCACCUAUGCUGGCAGCAAGAGUGCCAUGGAGCGGCUGAAGCGAGGCAUCAUCCACGCCCGAGCAUUGGUCAGAGAAUGCCUGGCAGAGACAGAGCGCAAUGCCCGCACGUAACAGCGUGCUGCCCCCUCUCUCCCCUAUGGACCUUCCCACCUCUUUGCAUCACCUUUUGGAGCAGAGCCCCUCCCCUCAUGCCCUUCUUCUCUUCCUGACCUUCUCCUGUCCUGUGACCUCCGGCCACACGGGGUAGGAUGGGAGAAGCUGGAUCCAGCGCCAGGCAAAGGCAGCGGAGCUGAUGCCUCCCCCGUAGCCAGUGGGGAUUGGAGAGUCCUUGGCCCCAGGCCGCCCUUCUCCCCGCCCCCAGCACAGUACUGACCUUCAGCCCCCACCCCUCUCUGUCCCAUGCUGGAUGUCCUCCCUCCUCCGGCUGGGGCCUCCUGGUCACCCGCCGCCUCUGGGCCCUGCCUCUGGGCCGCUGGAGGCAGCACCUUUUCUCAGCGUCUUUUACUAAAUGCUCUUUUUCUAUAAAUAAAAGGAGAUUUGGA